CGGAGCUUGAGCCGGAGCUCCGAGCUGGUGGUCCCUGAGCAGCCUCCCAGCAGGGAGAAGCCCUUCAGGUGCUUGGAAUGUGGGAAGAGCUUCAGGCUGAGCUCCAACCUCCUCAGCCACCGGCUCAUCCACACUGGGGAACAGCCCUACACGUGUAGGGAAUGUGGGAAGAGCUUCAGGCACAGCUCCAACCUGAUCCAACACCAGCACAUCCACACUGGGGAACGGCCCUACAAGUGUGGGGAGUGUGGGAAGAGCUUCAGGCAGAGACCUGCCCUGAUCCAACACAAGCACAUCCACACUGGGGAACGGCCCUACACGUGUGGGGAAUGUGGGAAGAACUUCAGGCAGAGCUCCCACCUGAUCCAACACAAGCGUACCCACACUGGGGAAAGACCUUUCAAGUGUGGUGAAUGUGGGAAGAGCUUCAGUGACAGGUCCACGCUCCGCACCCACCAGCUCAUCCACACUGGGGAACGGCCCUACAAGUGUGGGGAGUGUGGGAAGAGCUUCACCUGCAACUCUCACUUGACCUCCCACCAACGGACCCACCACGCCCCCCCCACACCCACCUGCCUCACCUGCGCCAACAGCGACACCGAGGAGGAGGAGCGGAGGGACCUCAUCCAGUUCUACAACAACGUCUACAAAGAACAGAUCAAAGACUUUGCCCUCAAGUACACUUCAAAUGCAACAGACUCCCCUUCGCUCUUGCUGUACCCGUUCGUGCAGCUCAACUCCCCUCGCCGGGUGCGACUCUCCCAGAACGUGUGUGGG